AUGCUUUCAGAAAAGUUUGCAAACGAGCCAGCUGCUCCCAUUCGUGGAGAAGGGAGCACCUACUACAGCAGCAGCAGAGUCGAGAUUUCUGCCUUCAAGCCUGAGGGUGGUGUGCAGAUGAGCAGUGAUCCAAGUGAUCAGGGUUUCAUCAACAUCGGAUCUGCUUCAGGCUCUCCAAAUCCUGGCCCUUCCUUUAUCCAGCGCCAUGCAUUUCCUGGAGUUGGGACUCGAUACUAUGUCCCUGCCGAGAAACUGGUCCUCAAAGCUGCUUCUGGUUAUCAGUUCUGUGCUCCCACCACCGGCCUGCAGCAGGGUGAUGCGAUGGAGAGCUCAACAGGUCCUCUGCACAGCUGUCAGCAGCCUGAAGAAGAGGAGGCCUCACGGAAGAGGGAGCUCCGCUUGAUGAAGAACAGGCAGGCAGCGAAAGAGUGUCGCCGCAGGAAAAGAGAGUACAUCAACUGCCUGGAGAGCCAUGUCGCCAUGCUGCAAGAGGAGAACAAAAAACUCAUGGAGGAGAUCAAUUACCUGAAGGGGAUUUCGGAUGACAAGUUAAGUUCCAAGGGACAGACUGCAUGA